AUGCCUCGCACGGCACAAGAAAAUCCAAGCACAGAGUUCCUACGACCCAACGCCGGCGAUGGUCGACUCAACUCAGAAUCAUCCUUGAGCUCUGCUAGCGCUAGUGUCCAAGCAACCCAGCCACCCUCAAAACCUACUGACCCCACCGACACAACUGAAGAAAACUGCUCCACGCCUUCCGAAACGCUCGCAGUCUUCACCUUCAACGACUGGCUAUGGGAGAUUGCGGCGGCUGUUGUCAGCCUCUGCUGUGUUUCAGCCGUUGUCUCCAUCCUCUUCGCCACCAACGACAAAGCGCUUUCUCACUGGAGCUUCCUCAUAUCCCCCAACGCUCUUAUCUCCAUCUUCUCGACACUUUCUCGCGCAUCCUUGAUGGUUCCUAUCGCUUCCUGUCUCGGUCAGCUCAAGUGGAUAUAUUUUGCAAGGCGCCCUCACCGCCUGGGUGAUAUUCAAACAUUUGACGAAGCCAGCCGGGGCCCUUGGGGUGCAAUGACUCUAUUAUGGAGCAUCAACUUUCGCGCUGGCUUGGCUGUCUAUGGAUCACUUAUAACAAUCAUUGCUCUAGCAUUCGACCCAUUCACUCAGCAAAUACUGGCUUUUUCACUAAGAAAUAUCACCGAUUUGGGCAAAGCCGAGUUUGGUGCCGCCCAACAAUAUGUUACGGAUCACAAAUUUAACGUGACGGGUUUGGAAGGUAAGAGAAUGUCGCCCAAAAUUAUGCAAGCGGCUAUUUUAAGCGGCCUUCAUUCUAUCGAACGACCCGUCCAGUUUACUUGCCCUUCAGCUAAUUGCUCGUGGCCCGAAUUUACGACACUCGCACUUUCAAGCAGCUGCAUUAAUGCCACGUUGGACACCCGAGUGCAAUGUGGUAUAAACAAAUAUGCAAUCAAGUAUUGUAACUACACCACACCAGGAGGUUUCCAUAUGGAGGCAUAUUUAAAUGAAAGAAGCACGUUCAAAAAAACAAAUUUUAUCUCUUCGGCUAAAACCCAAGAGCCGAUGGUGCCGGUAGACAGCACGCUCAUAAGCUUCGCUACGUCUAACAUAACGGAAAGAUAUCUUGAAAAUCCAGAUAUCACGGAGUGCAAUAUAACAUGGUGUGCUCGAACAUAUCACGGUAUUUCCGUUACAGCCGGCGUUUUCGAUGUCGGUGCCGUGAAAGACCACGCUUUGGAAAUCGUCAAAGACCGUGAAUUUGUUUCCUUAAACUAUCGCUUCGACAUCUACAGCGACGACCCAUAUUCAGGGAACAGAAGCUUCUAUAUCUAUGGUGUAGAUCGCUCUUUCACUGUGAAUUAUCUCAAAAAUGUCUUUAGCACAGACUCAGAACAAGACCUCGGCCAAGCUCUCAUGAGGAGCGCGAGCAUUGCCGAUACAGUCCACAACAUCACCACCAGUAUGUCUUACGCAAUCGGGCGUAGUCAAUCCUCUUACAAAGUCUUGGGGUCAGCAAUAUUUACGCAAACGUACAUCAAGGUUCGAUGGGCAUGGUGCUCUCUACCACUAGCCGUGGUACUCAUGGGCGUAGCGUUUCUCGUCUGCACAAUGGUUUACACAAAACGAGCUGGCGUCGGCACAUGGAAAUCCUCCAGCCUGGCACCUUUAUACGCGAGGCUUGAGGGUUGGGACGCCAAGGAUGUGAAGUCAUCUUCGCUAAAGGAACUUCAACUCGACUCGAAGAACAAGCGUGCUAGAAUGGACAGGGAUGGGAGUGGCAAUGUACUUUUCUCUCGCUGUUAG